AUGCCUCUCGAAAACAUUCGCAACAUCGUCCUCGUCCUCUCCGGCAAAGGCGGAGUCGGAAAAUCGAGCGUGACCACGCAACUCGCCCUCACGCUAUCGCUACAAGGACAUUCGGUCGGUGUCUUGGAUAUAGAUUUGACGGGUCCGAGUAUACCGCGCUUCUUCGGUAUUGAAGAUGCGAAAGUAAGACAGGCGCCUGGUGGGUGGAUACCGGUUGAUGUGCACGGCGAGCAGACGUUGGCGGCACACCAGAAAGAAGGAGAAGAGGCGGCUGCAGGCGAACAGAAGAUUGGCCCGUUAUUCUGCAUGUCCCUGGGAUUUAUCCUGGCUUCGCGCUCCGAUGCUGUCAUCUGGCGAGGCCCAAAGAAGACCGCCAUGGUGCGCCAAUUCCUGACUGACGUCCUCUGGCCACCGCUUGAUUACCUCCUUAUCGAUACACCACCCGGUACAUCCGACGAACACAUCUCCCUACUCGAGACUCUUCUGAAGAACACUACACCGUCUCCUGCUCUCAAUCCGCACGUCCCGUUCUUGGCCGGCGCCGUCGUGGUAACAACCCCACAAGCUAUCAGUGUUAGCGACGUGAAGAAGGAGCUGAAUUUCUGUAAGAAGACUGGAAUUAGGGUACUAGGCGUGGUAGAGAACAUGGCAGGAUUCGUGUGCCCCAACUGUUCGGAAUGCACAAAUGUCUUCAGCAAGGGCGGCGGAGCGGUCAUGGCGACGGAGUUCGAAGUACCAUUCCUCGGCUCUGUACCCAUCGACCCAGCCUUUGUGGAAUUGGUCGAGAGCGGGACGAGGCCAGUGUAUCCCAAGGGUACUGUCAUACAAGGCAAAGAACUCGACACUGAAGAGGUCGCAGCUCUUAAGAACAAGGGCGGUCUUUUUGUAGAUAAGUACCGGGACUGUUCGUUGGCGCCGUUAUUCGACGAGUUUGUGACAAGGUUGAAGGGGGAUAUCGGAAGAAUUGUAUGA